ACUAACCCAGUGCACAGAAGACCCAAUUCUGCUCCAAGUCCAAGGAAGACCGAGUCCAAUACCAAUCCAUUUCCCACAAAAAACGUUAGCCAGCAUUAAAUAUCCAAUGAUGAAGACUUGAUUGGAAUAAACCACCAAUGCUGCGAAUUGUUUCUCAUCUUACUUCCCAAUGGAAGAUAUGAGAGAUUCAACAGCAGUGUCACAGAUUGUGAAGAUUGUGAGGAUGGUUGUUAAGUUUCAUCCGUUAUUGACAAUAACUAGUCUAAUCUUUAAGAUAAUAUUUCUGCAGGAUUGGAUUGAAGAGGAGAUGAACAAUCACUGGAAAAUUCUCAAGGUUUAUUGCCAAUCAAUAAUGAGAGCCCUGCUAGAUCCAGUUACUAAGAAGAUGAAGAAUCUAUCGAAAGCCCUCCAGAUACAUUUCAACAAUGAAGCAGCAAAGGGUCAGCUAAAGGCUAAGUUGAUCGCUAAACUUGCCCUAUUCUUCGCCACAUUUCUUCUACUUGAUACAGAGUUGGGUUCAAAUAUUUAUAAAAGAGGGGUUAAAACGCAGUUAUUGUUUGUUGGCCUCCAUAUGCUAGAUUAUUCGAAGCUUUGGAGUGAACUUCGAAUUCUUCGUGGAAGUUGUGGUUGUACCACAAAUUCAACAUCAAACUUCACCUUGUUUAUUCUAGCUCUUCUUUUUGCAAAAUUUUAUGAUAAUUCUUUGAGGAGCCUCAGUUCUAUGUUAUGCAUUGCAGUUUUUUUUCUAAGUCUAUUGGUGGUAUUACGACCACAAACAGACCUUGGGUUGUUUAGUUUCAUCAUUGGAGUCAUUGGAUCCAUAACUUACAACUGCUAUGAGUUCAAGUUUCCAACGUGGAUAAUUGCCUUCAUUUGUUUUGUGUUGUUCAGCUUCAAGAGUUGGAUAGAUAAAUAUUGGUUGGAUUUGGAAGAAGAUCCCUCUACAAAUACCACAGUUGGAAGCACUAGCGUGUUUUUGAUUUUUUCAUCAGCCAUUGUACAAAUUGCAUUAGCCAUCUUUGUAUCUUCUGCGGUCAAAUCUCCUCUGUCUGAUUAUAAAAACUGGUUAGUUAAGGCAAUCAGCACCGUACUUUGGACUGUCCGACUCCAGUCCAGAAUAGGCAGCGAAGAGUGCAAAGACAAACUUCUUAGCGUUGAGGAGCACGUUCUGCUUGAUAUUCGGCCAGAUCAUCACUACAAGAUUGUGUCUAUCCCAAAAUCAUUAAAUAUUCCGCUUUCUAGCCUUGAGGUCAGGUUGCCUGAAGUUUCAUCAGCAUUGAACGAAGAGGAAGGGCGCAAAGGUAAGAAUUCUGGGACGGGUGCUAGCCUAUACGUAAUAUGCAGGAGAGGCAAUGAUUCGCAGAGGCUGUCCAAUACCUUCACAAGAUGGGUUUCACAUCAGCUAGGGAUAUUGGUGGUGGUUUGGAGUGUUGGACCCAUGAUGUCGAUCCCAACUUUCCCAUGUAUUAGAACAACAUUAACUACAACAUUUUUGGCUUACUAGUGCUCCCCUUUUCCCUUCCCCUUUUUCUGUCCAGCAUUUUUUAUUACAAUUAUUGUGGAACUGAGAAGCUACAAACUAUUGUGUAAUAUUUACAUGUCAUUUUUAAUCUAUAUUUUAAAAACUUCAACGUAUUGAAAUGAGCAGAAUAUUUGUUGCAAUCAAGAGCAACGAUGGUU